UUUUGAAGACGAGGCACGGGCUUUUCUCGAACUUUCUCUGGGUUCAAAUGAUGAGGUCGAGUUGUUAGGGGUUUUUUUUUCCCCCUUUCUCUCCCUUCCUCCAGACGGGUGUAAAAACUUUUUUAAUAGUUCCAGCUCGGCUGUUUUAGGAAUGCCGCCGGGUUUGUUUAGGGAUAAACACGACGUGUUUGUUUAAAAAGAAAGAGGAAAGUGUGUUUGUGUCUGUGGAGACAGCUUUCAUCUGGCUGAACGCCGUUUAAAUUUUAACGGUUUAAACGGUAGGAAUCUCAUUUAAUAAGCUCUCCAUGGAUCCGACAGCGGUUUAACCCGACAGUUAGGAAUUUUUAAUACGAUUACAACACGCACAUAUUGUUGUUUUGUAAUGGGUAAAGAUUAUUAUAAAGUCCUGGGCAUACAGAAAGGCGCCUCUGAAGAUGAGAUUAAGAAAGCGUACAGAAAGCAGGCGUUACGGUAUCAUCCGGAUAAAAACAAAUCCCCCGGAGCCGAGGAUAAAUUUAAAGAGAUCGCAGAAGCUUACGACGUGCUGAGCGACGCCAAAAAGAAAGAUAUUUAUGACCGAUAUGGAGAAGAAGGACUUAAAGGUCAUUCCGGAGGUUGCGGAGGCAACGGCCCGAGCUACACGUUCCACGGAGACCCACACGCCAUGUUCGCCGAGUUCUUCGGCGGCCGCAGUCCGUUCGAUCAGUUCUUCGCCCACGGCGCUGGCGGCGGCGACGACGACAUGGACGUGGACGACCCCUUCGCUGCGUUCGGAAUGGGAGGCAUGGGAGGCUUUCCCAGGCCAUUCAAGACUCGUAUCGGCGGCGUGCACUCGGCGCGGGAGAAGAAGAAAGACCCUCCGGUUAUACACGAGCUCAAGGUGAGCUUGGAAGAGGUGUUCUCCGGCUGCACCAAGAAGAUGAAGAUCUCGCGCAAGCGGCUGAACCCGGACGGCUGCACCGUCCGCACUGAGGACAAGAUCCUCACUGUGAACAUCAAACCGGGCUGGAAAGAAGGCACCAAGAUCACGUUCCCCAAAGAGGGAGACGAGACGCCCGCCAACAUCCCCGCCGACAUCGUGUUUGUCGUAAAAGACAAGGCACAUGCGGUGUUCCGCAGAGACGGGUCCGAUAUCGUUUACCCAGCGAGGAUAUCCCUCCGAGACGCGCUGUGUGGCUGCUCGAUCAGCGCACCGACGCUGGAUGGCCGGACCAUCACCGUGACGUCUCGCGAUGUCAUCAAACCGGGCAUGAAGAAGAGGGUCGUGGGCGAGGGACUGCCCCUGUCCAAAUAUCCCGAUAAGAGGGGGGACAUGGUGCUGGAGUUUGUCGUGAAGUUUCCAGACAAAGUGGCGCAGAACACUCGCGAUGCUCUUCUGCAGAUCCUCCCACCGUGAACGCGGGGGGGGUGGGGCAUGGGGCGGGGGAUGGUGGGGCAGGGGGUUGGUUCCUGCUGCAUACAGCCAGACUGCGCCACUAUAUUAAUUUAUAAACCACUUACCUGUGUUGAGUGCAUUUUUGACAUCACUGUGAACCCCUUGCACAGUACUGACAGACACUCGACACACGCACACACACAGAGGGUAUGCAUUACCUCAUUUUUACUGCUUCAGCUCCUGAUGUUUUAUUUUCCUGCUCUUUCUAUUUAACACACAAUUAAUUACUGGCUAUCAUGUUUUUUCCCUCUCUUUCAUUAUGGAAACUAGAGAGAGACAGCCGUGUGUGUGUGUGUGUGUAAAGGUAGACUCAGUCCAGGAAUGCUACUUCAGAGCUUGAGGCAUUUUGUGUCUCAGGUGCGUCCACACACUCCCCGGUGCAGCUUUUCACCGUGACCCCGUUUUGUUUCAUGCGUCCCGGGUCCCGAUACCAUUUUGAACCACGUGCAUUUUCACACGGUCUCCCGAGAUCAGACGUGUAUGCAGAUUAAUUCAUGACGUGUUUGCGCUGCUCUUCAUUUCCAGCCGAUCAGCGCAAACAAAAUUAUGCAUCGAAAGACGUGGUUUUGCAAGGAGGCGGCAGCUUCAGUGGCGUUGGACACCUCACAGCAAUUAUAAAACAAUAUUUCAAACAUCAUUUUUUUUGUUGUUGUUUCACUAUGGCCACCUGCUGAAUUUACAUAUGCGUUUAAUAUUAUCACUUUCAUGCAUCAUGAAAACCCAAGGCUUAAUGUAUUUCCAUUAUCUUCUAUAGACAGGAAUAAAAGUGCGCGAUCAGACGGGUUACCUGCGUCGUCGUGUUUUUUGCACGUCGUAAAGGCAACCGGAGAAAAAUGACUUCGGACCGAAAUAUCCUGACCAAUCCGGCCUGCUGCGGAGGAAUUCUGACCAAUCCUGGAUACUACCGAAAUAAUUCUGAGCAAUCCCACCCAUUAACGAAGGUAUUCUGACCAAUCCCGCUGGCUUCCGUAGUAAUUCUGAGCAUUCCCACCCAUAACUGGAGGAACUCUGACGCAUCCCUCCAAUCACCGAAGGUAUUCCGACCAAUCCCGCCUACUACCAGAAAGGAUUCUGAGCAGUCUCUCCCACCUCAAAUGAAUUCGGUCCCAUCCCACCCCACCUGCUGCCAAAGGAAUUCUAACCAAUCCCACCAAAUGCUGAAGUUCUGACAAAUCCUUCCUGCUACUGAAGGAAAUUUGAACAUUGCCACCCUCUGCUGAAGGAAUUCUGACAAAUCCUGCCAGCUAUCGAAGGAACUGUGACUAAUCCCUCCAGCUCCUGAAGGAAUUCUGACCGAUCCUGCCUCCUACCGAAUACAUUCGGAGCAAUCCUACCUGCUACCUAUGGAAUUCUGAGCAGUCCAGCCCGUGGCCGAAGGAAUUCUGAGCAAUCCUGCACACUAUCGAAGCAAUGUUGUCUAGUCCUGCCAGCUAUGAAGGAAUUCUCGCCAUUGGUCAGCGUUCCUCCCGUCUUUACGAAGAGUUAAACCGCAAAAAUGAUUUCCUUAAUAACUUUUUAUUCUUAUAAUAGCUUAUUAUUUUUAUGUUCUUCGUUUGAAAUAAGACCACGUAAAAGUCCAUGUCGUUUUACGCGUCGAUGCAGAAUUCUUCAAGCAUCCGAGUCAUUUGGUAUUUAUUAUUAAUAAUUAGUACUGAGAGUGGUUUUGGAUAGAUUGUUCGUUUGUUUGUUUUUUUUUGGCUGAUGAGGGGUUUAAAUCUGUUUUUUUUUUUUUUUUUUUUAAAUUUAUUAUUAUUUUUUAAUGUGAUUAAUACCUCUCUGGAUUAUAGAAGAAGACAGAAAAGACGCAUGAAACGAGCAGGUAAACGGGGUCUUUGUUGAAUAUACACGUAGCUGUUGGUUCUCUAGAAAUGUUUUAUUUUACUUUAAUACUCACUCUGUAUCAGCAGCUCAUUCUGAGGAGGUCGGUGAAAAUCUCCUUUGAUUUCAUGUUAAAAACCUCUCUUCAAAGAUUUGCAAGAUUUCUUUCCCAAGAUAGCCAACAGCCCUGAUUAUGAUGGGCUAUAAUGAUCCGUGCUAAGUGAUGAGCGGUGAGCGUGCAAAGUACAAAUUAAACAAAUUCACCACUUGUGAA